UUGUUGUUAAGGUGAGGCAGAACACAACAACUGGCUGUGUUGCUUAAAACUCUUGUUACUCUCCUCACACAGGUAUAACAACUGGCUGUGUUACUUAAAACUCUUGUUACUCUCCUCACACAGGUAUGGUUAUAACACCUGACUAACAUAUUCAUUACCCUAAAAUUCGAGCAUUCCCUAUUUCACCACUUUGGCAAGUGUUAGUGUUAUUGUGGUGAAAAUUGAUCAGAGUUACAACAAGACUUCAGCCAAAGGAAACGUGUUUACAUUAAGACAUUGAGCUACUCCAACUGAAGCCACAGCCGCCGCUCGUUACGUUCGGAGGAUACAAACAAGAUAUCACACACGCCAAGUCUUGUAUCCAGCGGCGUCUUGACCUUCUCCUUACCAUCCUGGCCAGGGUCUAGGUGAUAGCUUCUACCAGUCUUCUUUUAGAGGAGAUGGUAACUCCACCUCGUCUCCUGUCAAUGGGCUUGAAAGAUAAAAUGGUGAAGUUUGCGGAGGCUGAAAAGCGCGGCCGUGGGGGUGAGGGUAGCGACCGGAGGUACACGCCUGUUGUGAUGGUCGAGAGAGCGAAGAUGAGUCGGGCCAUGUGGGAGUCCCUUAAGGCCCACAUUAUCAGAGACCGCAAGAGAAAAAAGGAAGAGCAAGAAGCGGAUGCAGAGGAGGAGCGACUACGGAAGGAACGUGAGAACCGGAAGAAGCAACACGCCAUGACCCUGGAAGAGACGAGGGAGAAGCUCUCUCAGAUGGAGCAGGACCUUAAUGAUCUGAAGAAUCAAAAGCAUCAACUCUUUCAAGACUUAAAGGUUGUUCUUAAUGAGGACGCCACACGAAAACGUGCCCAGCAGCAAAGUUAUCUCAAGGAAAGUGAACUGAUGGCUGUCCAUUCGUACCCACAUGGCACAAUCCCACUGGGCAGUCAUCCACAGAUGCUCUUCCAGUCAAACCUGAUUCCGGGCCGAGGGUCUCUACCCAUCCAUGGGUACAAAGUUCCCCCAGCCCAGCCACAGCCACUUGUCCCUCAGGGUUCUCUGAAGAGGACACGCACACCAUCACCACAGCCACCACCUCAGACAGGCUACCAACAGAUUCCAUACAACUUUAAGAAUUUGCAAGGACAUCCACCACCCAGCGUACCGGUCACACUUCCCACCACCAAGGCCGGGAGUGCGAGCAGUGUGUACGUGGCGGGUCAGGCACCUUACUACCAUGGGUCUAACCAGGCUCAUGGCAGCUCCAGCCAGUACCAGGCCUCCUCCCAGGCUGUGGCCUACCUCCCGCCUGCAGCACCAACCCACACAAACCCUCCCGCUCCCUCCCAACCCCCACAACCCCCUCCCCGAGAUGAUAAACACCUACAGCCUGUUUAUAUGCAGAGCAGUCGAGCGACUCACGUGCCUACUCUUCACCAAUCAAUUGACCAUAAAGGCAAGCCUGGAGGGAGUAGUUUCCUGCCACCUGGGGAGGGGGGACAGGAGAAAUACUUCCAGCCCACCGUAAGGUCACACUUGACUCUCCACUCGGGAGUGUUGCCGGUACAACAGCCACAUCCGGGGGGUGGUAAGAGUGGAAGCAUCACCUCUGGGUUUCCGGUUCGCAAUGCGCCGCCCUCCUCCCAGCAGCCGCCCCCUGUUGUGAGCUCCGCAGCCCACGUGAGUAAGCCUGAAGCUCAGCCAAGGUCUUACAAUAACCAGCCAACAAGUUACUCUCGUUACAGCUACUGAACGUCCUCCGUGCCGGCCUAAGUUGAACAUUUCUUUUGAGGCCGAGCAUAGAGUUGUAAGUCGUGAGAAUAUUGAACCAUUCUAAUUCAGAUAAUUUUGGUGGUUAUGAAAAGAGUUAACAACUGUUAUUCAUGUAAAACUUUCUUUGAGUAAAAGUAUAAGAGAUGCUGAAAGCCAGGAGCAUCAUGAGAACAGUUUGUAACAUAGAUCCCAAUUUCUAUGAUGUCUCAUUAUUAUUCUGUGGUGCUCACACAGAUGAAGAUGCUGAACGAUGUGUGUGCACACAGCAUACGUCUUUGUGAUCACCAUAAAUGACUUUUAACCAAACUUAGGUAUGUACAGUCUAAAACAACUAUCUGGACAUACUUUGUGGGAAACAAUAUGAGACCAUGGACGAUAAAUUUUGGUAUACGAGGGCUGUCACUAGUCAAGUUUCGGAGCAUGUCGACCCCCACCUGCCCAGAUAGUUGUUUUUAGCUACUGUACAUAUUAUGUAUAUAUAGUAACAAGAUCUCAGAUGAGUUCCAUCAUCAGUAUUUGUGUCAUUAGUGUUUAGUUACUCUAGAGUUAUGGCCACUAGGACUUUGCUGCAGUGUGUUGAGGGAUUUGAUAAUUUUCACUGAUGAACAUGUAAGUACCUGGAUAUUAUAUCAGUAGUUUUGUAUUUGUGGGAAUUUAUUUGCCAUUAAUAGUUUUAACAUGUAGUAGUGGGUGGAGAGGUAAGGUGAGAUGGUAGGGAAAGCUUGUUAUAAUUGUACAGAUUGUGCAUGAGGUGGUUAUUUGCAUCAGAAUAAAAUUGUUUUUAGCAGAUUUAAAUAUC